CCACAAAUUAAAGAGAGGGCAGAGGGCCCGGACUGCGGAAUCAGAGACAGGGAACACGGUCCCAGAGUCAGAGGGGGACCAGGAGCGAACCUCAGGGGUCGUGAGGAGAGUUGGGGACCAGCUGACCGGGAGAGGAGGUGCCGAGGCGCCUCCGGGUUGGAGCCACGCGGAGGCGGGGCGGGGCGCGGAAGGAUCCAGGCGGGCCGUGCUGCGUCGCCCCCGGUAUAUCUGUCCCCAGUCUCCGGGGCCUCCUCAUUCCCUGUCCUCAGCUCACAACUUGUCCUCAGGCUCCCGCGACGCCGCCUCCGCCCGCGUUAAGCCCCACCAUGGCUCUGUAGCCGCAACCCCUUUUGUAUCCCCGUCCUGUAUCCGCGCUUACCGCGCCUGCGCUCUCCGCUCCCACCGUCUUUCUUCAGCCGAGGCCGCCGAUGCCUCUCUUUUCCGCAGCCAUGGAGUCCUCCACUUUCACACUGGUGCCUGUCUUCACCCAGCUGAGCAAUAUCCAGAGCCACCUUCCAGCUGUUGGUGCAGCCUCCAUUGUCAUCAGUGCUCAGCACCUGUGCCACAGCCAUGUCACUCCUGGCGACCCUGGGGCUGGAGCUGGACAGGGCCCUGCUCCCAGCUAGCGGGCUGGGCUGGCUCGUAGACUAUGGAAAACUCCCCCUGGCCCCUGCCCCCCUGCCUCCCUAUGAGGUCCUUGGGGGAGCCCUGGAGGGCGGGCUUCCAGGGGGGGGAGAGCCCUUGGCAGGUGAUGGCUUCUCUGACUGGAUGACUGAAAGAGUAGACUUCACAGCCCUCCUCCCUCUGGAACCCCCCCUUCCUCCAGGUGCCCUCCCUCCUCCUUCCCCAGCCCCCCCUGACCUGGAAGCCAUGGCCUCCCUGCUCAAGAAGGAGCUAGAACAGAUGGAAGACUUCUUCCUUGAUGCCCCACUCCUCCCACCACCCUCCCCACCACCACCCGCACCACCUGCCCCCUCACUCCCCAUUCCCCUCCCCACCUUUGACCUCCCCCAGCCCCCUGCCCUGGAUACCCUCGACCUGCUAGCCAUCUACUGUCGCAGUGAGGCCGGGCAGGGGGAUGCAAGCUUGGCAUCCCUGCCUGGCCCCCAGCAUCCUCCUCCUCCCCCUCUUCCCCCUCAGCCCUGUCGCCCAGCCCCCUACCCCAACCCUGCCACCACCCGAGGGGACCGAAAGCAGAAGAAGAGAGACCAAAACAAAUCAGCAGCUCUGAGGUACCGCCAGAGGAAGCGGGCAGAGGGCGAGGCCCUGGAGGGCGAGUGCCAGGGGCUGGAGGCGAGGAACCGGGAGCUGAGGGAAAGGGCCGAGUCAGUGGAACGGGAGAUCCAGUAUGUAAAGGACCUGCUCAUCGAGGUGUACAAGGCCCGCAGCCAGAGGCCCCGCAGCAGCUAGAGGCGGGCCGGGGUCCUAGGACAGGUGUCCCUCCUCCCUGGUCUGCAACUGCAGUCCACCUCUCUUCUGUCAUUUUACCCUCAUCUCUCUUGUUCACGUCUGGAUUUUUCCAGAAUUGUGGAUGUUCGGCCUUGGUCAACAGCUGUACCCCUCCAGUACAGCCAAGGAACCCUGGCCCUUAGAGUGGGCAGCUGAAGGCUCUGGGCUCUGCAUUCUUUUUUUUCUUGCGGUGCUGGGGUUAGAAUCCAGUGCCUUGCCCAUGCUAGGCAAGUGGCUGGCCACUGAGCUGCACCCCCAAGUCAGUGGACCUGGGUGGUAGGGUGGAGCAGCCACAGGGCAGAGCAGGGAAGUGGGGCCAGGAAGCCAUGCAAGGUGGCCAUGCAAUUGAGAACCUACAUUGGGGAGGGUUUUAAGAAGGGGACCCAUGUGACACAGUGAGAAAGCAAGCCAACUGUACCUGGGGAGGGAGCCGAUGGGGGAGGAAGGGGUGCUGUAGCUGGUGUUAGCUGGGGAAGAUAAUCAGUGUUUUGUGAAGGUGUUGGGAGAGGGACUUCAUCUAGGUGAAGGGGGUGCUGAUCUUUUGGGGGUGGUUGUGAGCAAAAAUAAAGUGCAGAAUUUCCUCUGGCCUGUGCAUCUUUGUCUUUGAGAGAAGUUGAAGAGAGGGAGUCUUCGGACUCACAGUCACAAAGAUAACCAAUGACUCUUGUUCAUUAUCAAGUCUGUGCACAUGGUGAGGCCCGGGCAAGAUGUGACUAAUUCCACAGGGAAAGAUCCAAGAGCCACUGUGAGAUUCAGGCCAGACAGCAGAAGAAAGACUUAAACCAAAGGUGCCACACACCAGAAAGACACCAAGCCGGAGGGGCUGGGCAGCUACAAUAAGAGUCAAGGAGUGCCAGCUGCUAAGGUGCCCUUUGUCUCCUCCCAUCUUCACAUUCUGGGGCAUCAUCUUUUCCUUCAUUAUCUUCCACUUGUUGCUGAGCAGAGCAAGAUUUACAAGAGAAAGAAAAAAUACUCUUUUUUUUGUGGUAUUGGGAUUUGAACUCAGGGCCUUGUGCUUGCUAGACAGGCACUCUACCACUUGCACCGCCCCACCAGCUUGAAAAUACAUUUGUGAGAUGCCAUGGUCAUUGGCAACCUGGGUACUGGUAGCUGGGGGAUAGGGGUCCUUGGGUUUAAAUUUCAUUUGAAGUAUCCCUGAGUGAGAUGUUGGCUCUAUAGUGGCAGCAAACAGAAAUGUCAAGGCCCAAGUUCAAGUUUGCAGUCAAGGACUUCAAGACAAAGUGUUUUCAAUACUUGCUUCCUGGUCAGGUUCCAGCUCUCCCUGGGAACUUUGGCCUGAGAAGUCUUUGGCAAUUGUUCAGAAAUCUUUGUUCUUAGCUGGGUACCUGUGGUCACACCUGUAAUCCUGUAUACUCAGGAGGCAGAGAUCAGGAGAAUUGGGGUUCAAAGCCAGCCUGUGCAAAUAACUUCUUGAGACCCUAUUGAAAAAAACCCUUCACAAUGAAAGGAGUGCUGGAGUGGUUCAUGUUGUAGAACACCUGUCUAGCAAGUGCAAGACUGAGUUCAAACCCCAGUGCCAACAAAAAGAAAUAGAAAAGAAAUCCUUGGUCUUGCUGUGCAGAUAUUCUCUGACACCUGUAUGUAUAUAUAAUAAGUAGGAUUUGUUUGAAUAACCUAGAAU